CAUUGAGUUGAGUGAGAUAAGUUACAAAGUUCAUCGGCAUUGGUGAGUGAUGGUGACGAGCUGGUCCUGGAAGGGCUGUGCCGGUUGCACCACUUGAACGCGACCUCCAAUGUACCACUUGCUCAAGGGGUUACAUGAACACCUUACGAGAAAGGAAGAAUUCUCAGUCAUUAUCAUCGGAUUAGAUGGUGCGGGCAAAACGACUCUACUCGAGAAGAUCAAAACUCUGUACAACGAAAUUCCUGGCCUAACUCCUGACAAAAUAGGUCCCACAGUCGGUCAGAACACUGGAAAGAUCAACCUUUCGUCUACCAUUCUACAAUUUUGGGACCUAGGAGGACAACGCGGUAUCAGAAACAUCUGGCAUAAAUACUACGACGACUGUCACGCCGUUGUGUAUGUGAUCGACGCAGACGACCGUGAACGGUUGGGUGAAGGUUGGGAGGUGUUCGAUUCCGUUCUAUCUGCCCCCCAAAUACUUGGAAUUCCGUUACUAUUGCUAGCCAACAAGCAGGACUCACCUCUCAGUUUGUCGGUUGAAGAGAUCAGACAUGAUUAUGAGGAAUGGCACCAACGCAAACUCGAAAGCGCCAGGAAAAGCAGGCAUGCCGAAGACAACUCGAGCGCACGGAGGGAAAGAAUCGCGAGUUUAGAUGUCAUGGGGGUCUCCGCUGUUGAGGGAACUGGAGUCCGGGCUGCAGUCGACUGGUUAUUCUUACGGGUUCAAAAUAGUCGUCGUGAGUCAGCCCGUAACGGGGAGCGUAAUUAAUCUUUAUCCUUCUGUUUUCCUUCACUCAUAUUGAGUUGCAUUUUACAUUUCUACUUUCAUUUGGUUUAUCAUUGUAGUCGACUUUCCUCAGACAAUUUU